UUAUUUAGUUUUCCAACAACUUUUCCACUUCAAUGAGAAGCAAAUGGCGGCAGCAACCUUCAACAGUCCCGUUCGUCCCUUCGCAUCACCCAUUUCCCGCCAAAUCAACUUCCCUCGCCAACGGUCUCCGCUUCUUCGAUAUAAUUCCGUCAAAGGUUUUCGAUUAUACGAAAAUAGGUCUUUGCAUUGUGGUGUGAUUUGUGCUGUCAAUGGAGGCGGGAGAGGGUACGUAUCUUCGUGGGAUGAGAAGCCAUAUGAAUAUCUUCCAAGUGGGAAAAAAGCUUACUUGGACGAGCAAGAUGUUGUCACGUUUCUUGAUCCUCCUAAGGAGUUGAUUCCUUUGGACUCGGCUUCCUACAAUCCUGCUGCAUAUCUUUGGAAAAAAAUUGAUGAUAUUCCUCCAGAAAGGCGUUAUCGACUUCUGCGCUUGGUAGAACCAAGGCUUGUAUCAAGAGCUUGGGAGAUAGCUGGCACACGAUACAGCGAUCCCAACUUAGCCAAGAGAAGUGCAUCUACAUUGUUGUCUAAUGAUGAUGGUGUAACAUCUCUUGAAUAUUAUAAUUGCCGAACAAGUGGAGGACCAAUGCCCAUUUCUUGGAUAAACUCUUUCCAGAAGGCAAUAUUUUCUAGCACAGACGGGAACAUUUAUGGACGAUUUAUUGGUGGAUCAUUUUUAACCGGACUUGCAAAUUCCUUUAGUCCAUUGUACUUCGUGGUGAGACAGCUUAAGGAAGUAAUGCCAACUGAACAACCUUGUGAUCUAGCGUAUGAAUUUGGGGAUGGACUGUUUGACCUCCAAGAAUACCCAGAAGGUUUUCCAAGACCAGGUACAAUAUUUAUUAUUUCGGUUCCCAUCACAUUCCCACUUCCAGUUCUUGUAUCAGCUCUACCUACUUUUAGCAAGCACCGAAACUGCCUUGUCAUAGCAACUGCCAGUGAGCUGUUUUUUCCAUUAAGGGGAUUAGUCAAACAUCCAUAUCCUUUCAACGAUCAGGUGGUUGUGUAUGUUCGCCAUCUGGGGCCAGGCGUUUCAGUUGGGCAAGCAUGGCAGGAAGGAAGGAAACUACAACAGGUGCCACAAAAGUUAUGCUCCGAUAUUUUGAUGGUGAAAGAUUAUUCUGCUCAUAGAGAAAAUCAGUAACUGUUCUCGUGAAGUUAAGAGAAAGGAGAAAGGUUACGCUGUAAUCAAUUAUACCUCGGUAGCUCAUGUUGUAAGGCGUUGAGAAAACAAGCACAGAAAGGACAGCGGGUAGGGAUCAAUAUAAAGAUCAGUUCCUGUUAGUCAAAGCCAACAGUAAGUGAUUCACAUUGAUUUGAAUUUACAAGUAGAGUUUCGAUGAAUUCAGGUAUACGACACCCUUCUGUUGCUCCAACAUAAAAUGAUUCAAGGAUUGAAUUAAGGCAAA